UCGGGAGCCCGCUCCGGUUAGCUGUCAUCUACGAGGAAGGGAAGGGCAAUGACAUGGAGCUACACCUGCCGGCCUACACACACACACGCGGGGUAGCUUCUUAAAACUACACAAGGACUUUAUUUUAAAGAUAUGAAUACUGGUUUAUAUAUUCUGUGUGUUUAUAGCGGCUCAUUUAGUGGCGACAUCUUGAAUUAGCAGUGGCUAAAGCUAACAGGCUAACUUAGGAAGCCUCAUGGCGUUGAUCCUGUUUACGAGGUCUCGGGCACCUUUGAUGAAAACCUCCAGGUCUUUGAAGAACGAGUUCAGGAAAGGUAAAGGGAAAGUACAAGAUGGAGCUUGUUUCAACUGCACAGCUCUCAGACUCUCCAGUCAAACACGUCUUGGCAGUUUCGCCCAGGUGUCUUCACUCGGUACCUCCGUCCCCUCUUCAGAUGGAUAUGUGGCCCAAAGCCCGGACUCACAGCGCCUCUACUGUGCUUUGGCGUUGGGGGCCUCCUCCUCACCGUACCCCGCCGUCACAACGGGGACCCACUGGACGAUAUCGCGACCACACGACGUCCCUGGUGUCCGCUGGAUACACACCUCGAGGAGGAGGUUGGACGACUCCAAGGUGGAGAAGUCGCUGCGUGUGUUAAAGGACAAGAAGAAGAAGCUGGAGGAAGGAGGGCCGGUUUACAGCCCGACGCUGGAUAAAAACCCUGUGAGAAGGACGCUCCGACAGUGGGUCGUGGAUGAGGUCAAGCACUACUACCACGGCUUCAGGCUGCUGUGGAUUGAUACCACCAUCGCUGGGAGGAUGCUGUGGACGGUGCUGAACGGACACCCGCUGUCCCGCCGCGAGAGGAGACAGUUCCUCAGAACGUGUGCAGACGUCUUCAGACUUCUUCCCUUCCUGGUGUUCAUCAUCGUCCCCUUCAUGGAGUUCCUGCUUCCCGUAGCUCUGAAACUCUUCCCCAACAUGCUGCCGUCCACCUUCGAGACACAGACAAAGAAGGAGGAGAGGUUAAAAACGGAGCUGAGAGUCAAACUGGAGAUGGCCAAGUUCUUGCAGGACACCAUCGAGGAGAUCGCUCUGAGGAACAAGGCGGAUCAGGGGAACGUGACGGAGGAGUUCUCCACCUUCUUCCAGAAGAUUCGGGACUCCGGGGAACGUCCCAGCAAUGAGCAGAUCAUCAGGUUCUCCAAACUGUUCGAGGACGAGCUGACUCUGGACAACCUGACCCGACCUCAGCUGGUGGCUCUCUGCCGUCUCCUGGAGCUCCAGUCCAUCGGGACCAACAACUUCCUCCGCUUCCAGCUCAUCAUGAAGCUGAGGACCAUCCGGGCCGAUGACAAGAUGAUCGCGGAGGAAGGCGUGGAGAGUCUGAACGUGAACGAGGUGCAGGCAGCCUGUCGCGCCAGAGGGAUGAGGUCUCUGGGAGUCACAGAGGAACGACUGAGGGAGCAACUCAUCCAGUGGCUGGAGCUUCACCUGAAGCAGCAGAUCCCCACCUCCCUGCUGCUGCUGUCUCGAGCCAUGUUCCUCCCCGACACCCUUUCCCCCGCCGACCAGCUGAAGACCACACUGCAGACGCUGCCUGAGAUGGUGACAAAGGAGGCCCAGUUGAUGGUGGCAGAGAUGGAGCUCUCCAAAGUGGACAACAAGGCCAAGCUGGAGACAACGCUGAGGGAGGAGGCGGCCAUACGCCAGGACAACAAGGACCGGGAGAUGGAGAGGCUGGCGGACGCUGCAGAGAAGGCUGCCAGGGAGGAAGAGUUGGAGAUGGAAGCAGAGACGGUUAAAGCUGAUAAGGCUGCUAACUCUGAGACGCUGAGGGAUACAGCACCCGUCAUAGAAGGACUCAAGUAUGAACAGUUGCAGAGAUUCCUGCGCUUCCAGGGUGAGGAGAUAACCAAAGAGGAGAUUGACAUGUUGAGUGAUGCGUGCUCAAAGCUGAAGGAUCAGAAGAAGCUGUUGACUCUGGAGAAAGAAGAGCUGGAAGAGCUGAAGGAUGACGUCCAGGAAUACAACGAGGAUCUGAUGGAGAUAAAGAAGGAGCUUUCUAAGACCGGUCAAGAAAAGGCGCUAGAGGAGUCAAAGGCGAGCCAGCGUCUGUCCAAGAGAGUGAACCGCAUGAUCGGUCGCAUCGACAAGAUCAUCGGGGAGCUGGAGAAGGACAAGGUCAUCCUGGACUGCCAGGUGGACAGUGGAGCUACACCACCUGUCGGAUUAUUCUUUACUAAACAAAGUGAUGCCAAAAGGGAGAACCUCAUCAGCAUCGACGAGCUGAUCGGCGUCAUGCGGCAGAUCCAGAACAUUCCAGAGCACAAGCUGCAGAGCAUCGCCGAGGCGCUCGACGACAACAAGGACGGCAAGAUCGACAUCGACGACGUCAUCAAAGUGGUGGAACUGAUCGACAAGGAGGACAUCGACAUUUCCACCACUCAGGUGACCGACAUCAUGGUGAUGCUGCAGAAGGAGGAGAAGCUGAUCGAGAAGGAAAAGGCCAAAGAGAAGGCUGAGAAAGAACAGGCAGCCGGACUCAACAACUAACUCGUGUUCCAUAAAGACACAUAGCACAUGUAAAAAAACAAACAGCAACAACAGCAACAACAGACCACUGAGAAGUUUGUGACUCCAGUCACAGAAACUCUGGACACCAGAUCGUUCUGGACCACUCGACAGAGAGAGAGGUAACAGCUGCCUUCUCCAAAUGUCAUCUCACCAUAAAUUUAAGCUCUGAAAAAAAUUAUUGUUAUAAAAGAAAAAAAGGCAAAUUGCCUUUAAAAACGCAAAAAAUCAAAAAGAAACUUAAAUUGCCAUUAUGUUAAACUCUUCUGGACUGAUCAUGUCUUAUAAGCUGAUAUUUGGAUUUUGUGUAAUUUUACUCAAUAAUGUAUUGAUCGAGGGAACAAAAUGACAUGAAGCAAAGGUUAUUCUCCCAACUUAAGAGAUGGAAAAUUGAUCAGGAAAUAUUAUGUUUGGAAAAAUAUAUAUAUUAGGAGAAUUUAUCGUUAAAGUUUGAGGUGAACCGUCUUGCCUUUCAUUUCAUUCAUGUCAUCAUCUCAGAGAAAUGAGGGAUCAUUUCUGGAUUUUGCACAGUAAAAAUCAUCGUCAUUACCAUCAAACUCACUCAGUUUAUUUUCUUCUUUUUUGAUUUUGUUUAUUCAUCAUACUCCCACAUUGUACAAGCAUCCUGUUAUGUUCUAUAAAUUGUACUUGGACAGGAUGGGCUUAUAGUUGGCUAAAGGAGGAUAGAAUGGUGGCUGCAACCAAAUGUAUAAUAACACACAACAUAGAAGUUCUUUCAAAAACAUCUAAUAAUGUUAAAAGACCUAAAAAAAAAGCUCUCUGAAUAUUCAUUCUAACGAUAAUAAAAAUCAUAGCUUUAGGGACUUUAUUCCCAUUAAAUCAUAAAUAAAUAGAUGAUUCAUGCCGUUGAAGCGUUAUCCAAAAAGCCGAGGACUGAAGUAAGCAACAUUUAUAUUAAUAUUAAAAAAAGAACUACUGUAAUUUCUUUUCAUUUUGUUCUUAUAACAUAAUUGUCUUUUGUGUAAUUGUAGCACACAUCUUCACAUAUAUUCCUGUUGUGUUCAAUAGAUCUUUUGUAAAAUGCCAAAGUUGCACUGUGGCACAUUUAAUAACAGAUUCUGAUUAUUCUUCUGACUGCUAAGAUCAUAAUCAGUACGGGGACAACAAAGCAGCCCAUAAAUCAAAUAUCAGUCCGUUGUUGGAGUUAAAUCUUUUUUUACUAGUUUCUAUUUUGCAGAAAGUAUUUGAUGUCAGAUGUUUGGAGGUUUUCUGAGGGUGAAAGUGGCUUUUUGGGAACGUUAAAUAGUUUAUUUUGUGCACGUGAGUAGUGUGAUAAACCUUUUUUGUAAUCAUGACCUCCAUAGUUUUUAAUGCAAAGUGGCCUUCCCAUUGAUACAGAUAUUAUAGAUCAUAUACUGUUAUUUAUUUUUGAGGAUUAUGAGGAUUAACUUGAUUUAGUUUUGGAUUCAUUCAGUUGUAGUUCCGGUGGUUUGAGUCGCAUACUGAGUCCUCGGUGUUUGUUUUAUCUGCACUGUAGCGAUGAACGUGUUUGGGUUGUAAACAGACGGAGGGAAGAUUUCGGAUAAUAUUCCAGUCGACUACUGACCUUUCCAUUCAUCUUGCUGCCUGUUGGCAUUUAUUCUACUGUGUUCCCACUGCAAGCAGCUUGGUCAUCGUAUUGUUGGACAACAUAUUCCAGUUAGGGCUGCAACUGAUGGUUAUUUUGAUUAUAUUUGAUUUGUUUAAUCCUUUAUUAUUUAAAAAAAAAAAUAGCCUACGCAUGGGACAAACAUUUCGUGUAGCGAUUAUCCUGCCAAAAGUAAUCAUCCAAAAUGCUAAAAAUGGCAGUAAAACACACAUUACUCAACCUUAUAUUUUGUUAAACAAAUGUUUUAAUUACAUCACAGAUAACA